AUGCUCAAAGGACCUUAUCACUUACUGGAUUAUAUAGCUGCCUGUGAGCUCUUGAAGACCUUCUCUAUCGACACUAAUCCGAGAUUCACUACUCCAGCCAAUUACCUACCAAAUCAUUUCUGGAGCAACAUAUAUAUGUUGAGGAUAGAGAAGAAAGAGCUGAUAGUCUCCUGA